UGACAUUUGUUAAAUAUCUAGGUUUAAUAUUUUAAGCUUUAACAAAAGUAAAAUCCACCGGAAUUACUACAAUGAAGUAAUAUUAGAUAAAUAUAAAUGCACCCAUGACAAUAUGUAAUAUAAAGACUAUUUUAACAUAAGGAUAUAAGAUAAAGAUGGCUCAGUAUCCAUUGCACUAUGUGUGCGAUUACUGCAGCCGAACGUUCACUCGCAAAUACAAUCUGCAGACGCACAUCGAGAACUAUCACAUGAAUUCAUCAUGUUAUUGUGAAAUAUGCGACCAGAGAUUCGGAAGCCCAGCUGGUUUACAAUUACAUUUAUCAAGAGGACACAAUAGAUAUGGCCAAGCAUUUCCGGAAUGUGAUAUAUGCGGACGUAUUUUUACACGAAAGCAAAAUAUAACGUCACAUAUGAUUACAGUUCAUUUACAAAGCGGACGGCCAGAUAUUAGAUGUCAUUUAUGCGAGAAAACGUUCACGACAGAAAGAAAUUUAAAGCGACACAAAAAUCAAUUGCAUAACCCUAAUGCUGAAUAUCCAAUUUGUGAUAUGUGUAAGAAAGUAUUCAAAAGUAAAUCUGCUUUAAUAACACAUAUCACGUCUACACAUCAACAUGUAGAUAAAGAUUCACUGAAAUGUCAACUGUGCAGUAAAGUUUAUACAAAUAAUAGAAAUUUGAAAAGGCACAUCGAAAUGUUUCAUGGAGAAAGAGGUGAAUUUAAAUGUAACAUUUGCCCUAAAGUGUACACUUCUAAUCAAAGUUUGAGACGUCAUAACAAAACUAUGCAUAAUCCGGAAACUAUUCAAUAUAAUUGUCAAAUUUGCUGUAAAGAAAUUUAUGGUAAGGAAAAUAUAAACGAACAUAUAAACUUAUGUACACAAAAUGAUAGUUCUGAAUACAAAGAAUUAGAAAUAACAUCACAAUUAAUGUUUAAAUGUACAAAUUGUGAUAAAUCAUUCAAUUUAGAACCACUUUUAAGGAAGCAUGUCAAAUCUGAACAUACUUUUCAAGAUUUUUAUAAUUAUUGUAAAAAAUCUUUAUUACAAACGAUGACACAGACUCCGACUAAAGAUUAUAUAUGUGAAUUUUGUAAUAAUACGUUGAAUAGUUUACACGAUUUAAAGGACCAUUUAUUAUUUAUACAUGAAAAAUAUUAUAAUGUUUCAACGUGUAAUGUGUGUUUUACGAAAUUUUCAACGAAUGAAACAUUUUUGGAACAUCGUAAAUUUUGUAUACCACCACCGGAUGUCAAUUCUUGUGACCAUUGUGAUAAAUUGUUUACCGAUAUCACCAGUUUAGACUUCCAUGUGAAAAUAUUUCAUCCCGAAGCUCAAUCUUCAAGUAGUAAUGAUGAAAAUACAGAGGGAAAUUACAAAUUGAAAUGUCAUAUUAAGUUAAAACAUACUAAAGAGCAAAGUUUUGAUUGUCAUUAUUGUGGAAAAACGUGCAGUAAUAAAUUUUAUCUAAUAUCGCAUAUUAAAAUUGUACAUAGUAAUAUAUCUUGUUCUAAAUGUGAUUAUUGCCAUAAAUGGUUUAAAUCUAAAAGAAAUAUAAGAAGACAUAUUGAAUACACACAUCUUGGUAUGCAGCGUCACAAAUGUAUAGAAUGUCAAACAUUAUUCAAAGAGAAAAGAAGUCUCCGGAAACAUGUUAGAAUAAAACAUCCACAUUCAACAUUAUUCCCCCAAUGCCAUAUAUGUUAUAGAAGAUUUGAAUCAGCCAAAUCUUGUAAAGUACAUUUGAAAUUAAUACAUUCUUUAAAUUUGUCAACACAUCCGUGCGGCUUGUGUUCAAUAUCAUUCAAUUGUAUAGAAGCUUUAAAGGAACAUUUAAAAACUAAUCAUCUAGCUGAAGAUGAAAUAUACAAAUGCGAUGCAUGCAACCUACUUUUUAAAGGUCAAAGUAAAUUUGAUCAACACAAAGAGAUGUAUCAUUCAAACAUAAUAUGGACUGGGAAACGUAAAUCUGUGCCCCGAUGUGUUAUAUGCAUUAAAGAUUUUAGUUCGAGAAAAACUUUAAAACGACAUAUUAAGAAGUUUCACAACGAAUUCGAUGUAGACGAUUUAGCCAAUUAUUCAUGGCUUGUUAAAAUAACUAGCGUUGAUUGUGAUGAAUGUAUAAAAAAUUUUACAGAUGAAUUAAAAAAUAUUAAUUACGAUAAAUAUAACGAAUCUUUAGAAACGGUUGUGUAUAAAUGUGAUACAUGUUUAACAUCAUAUAAUAUGUUAGAAUAUUCAAUUUUAAAACAUAAAUUGAACAUUUCAACUAAAGGUAAGAUGAUUAUGAGUGAAUUUUGUACAGCGGAGUUAAGUGAAGGUGAUGAUGAAUUAAACUUAUCACAGGAUCCGGAGAGCACAACUGAUUAACAUAAAGACUGAAAUUGUAUCUCCUUAGUUUGUUUAGAAUUAAGAUUCAUGUAAGGAUAUGUUUAUUAUACCUAUUAUGCUUAUACAUUAAUAAAGUAAUAUACUAUUA